AAACAAUUGUUGACCUCACACUGUAGCUUUAAACAACAUGCUCUCAGCUCAAUCAGGUUAUGCUCUAGCUCGCGCUACAUUCAAGCGGGCUCAACGAGGUCUCUUUGGUGGAAAACACAUUCAAUUCGGAAACAAUGUAAAUACUCGAUGUUUGAACGAUGCCACUUGCAUCCACCAAGUCCUUGAUUCCAGAUUAACUGAUGCGUCCCAUUGAAUCCCUUUUACAGAACCCAUUCUCAAAGAAGAAGACUCGUCGAAACUGGUUGCCUAAUGUUCAAAGCAAAAAGCUUUACUCUGAACUCCUUGACUCACAUUUCAGCCUUAAAGUCACCACAUCUGUCAUUCGAACCAUCGACAAGAAGGGUGGUCUGGACAAAUACCUCCUGGAAACUCGCGAUAAGAACCUGUUCAGUGAAAAGGCCGUCACCAUGAAGAGAGAUCUUCAGCAGGUAUUAAAGACCAAGACCGCUGAACAACAGCUGUAGACCAGUUCGUCACACCCUCCCCUCCCCUGUAGAUUAAAGUAAUAGACCUCCUUCACACAUAUCACACCUCAUCCAUUCCUCCUUUCGGGAAUCAAUAAAUGAAAAUAACACAGAUACUUCAUUGGUUUGCACACUGACACGACGGAAGAAAUUGAUAAAUUUUGUUUGUUUAAUAGUGAAAAUUGUUAGGGGUUUCUACUCUUCGUCUUCCUCCAUUGCAUCGGCCGCGGCAACGCCUCUCCGCUUGUCACCAGGAACUUGACCGGAUUUCAGCAGAUUCUCCAAACGCUGCAUUUCCUCCAAUGAUGUUGCGUUUUUAAGUGCCUCCUACAAACGGAAUACGUUAUUAACGACAGGUUUA